ACAGGAAUAAAUUCAAACCAAUUCAGCUAAAGAUGUUACUACAAGAUAACCAAACUGCAAUACGAGAACCAGAAAGACAGGCAAUGCAUCAAAGCUUCUUUCCGACUGAUAAAAUGUCGCAUUCAAAAGCUAAACGAAGAAUACAGAGAUUGAACAGUUAUCCUUCUAGCGAAACAGAAGUAAAUAACACCAAAAAUAGAAAACUUGGCGUUGAACUGUCUGAAAUCAAGUCAUUAGUACUUCGAAUCAAACUUAAGGUGAAGCAUGCAAAGAUUCAUGCGGUCGAAAGUACAAGAAGUGAAUCAAAUAAACCACGUGGUAUUGAUAAAUUUGAACAGAAUAGUUUAAGAACUGUCACAGAAAUAAAGAAAGGUCUAAACGACAUCGAAAUGGAUCUUGAUAUACAAUCCAAAUCCAAGGAACAACUUCAAAUUAACUUACAAAAGCAUAUGUCAAUACCGAAAUUAAAACCGGAAACCGGAAACCCAAAAUCGAAAGAUACUUUUGACUGGCUUCAAUACUUAUUCAUGUUACGUUUUGUUCCGAAUCAAUGUUUCCAAGCUUCACCAGUUAGUUUGAAUAAUUAUUUCGAAAGUUUAUCUUCGGGUAGUACCAUGUCUAUGAAUGAAUCUAUGUCAAACCACCUUCUACGUCUGUCUUCGUACAGUAAUUUCCCUCAUAAUGUGAAUGUUUUUGUUAGUGCAUUGUCAAAGGCAGGUUUUUAUUACACCGGAAGUACUGAUACCGUGCGAUGUUAUGCAUGUGGCAUUACUCAUCAGAACUGGACUAGAGGUGAUAAUCCAGAAGAAAUUCAUUGUAGACUUUCUCCAUCGUGUACUCAUCUUCAAAAUUCUAGACUGUUUGGUGGUGCAGGUAUAGCCGAAAACCAGCAAAUGAAUUCUAGUAAUAAUAGAUCACCAGUACUUUCUGAAUCUUCUUUGAAACCAAAUAAACAAAGCUUGCAAAAUGGUGCUGCAUCCAACGACCAAAACAAAACUCUAAGUUCGACAACUUCAGAGCCAUCCAGUCUUUUAAAUGGUGCUGCCUCCAACGACCAAAACAAAACUUCAAUUUCGACAACUUCAGAACCACCAAGUCUUUUUAAUGGUGAAACUAGUAAUAAUAUCCGUAAUCAAUUAAGAAGCAAGGAUUUUAAACCAACGGCUAAUUCUUCUAGUGAAAACACCAAUUUUGAACAUGAUAUAAAUACAAAUGGCGCAUGCUCAGAAUCGACGAAAGCUAAUCAGAAUGGAGCAUGUGGAUGUUUUGAAUCUUCAAGUUCGAGACAAUUAACUAAUAACGACAUUUCCUCAUUGGGGAUAGAUCUUGAGAAGCCUCGUUAUCAGAAUUACGCUGUUUUACAAGUUAGAAUCAGCUCUUUUCAGGGAUGGCCAUCUUACUUAGAUCAGACACCAAGACAGAUGGCGAUAGCUGGUUUCCUGUUUGCUGGGUACCAUGACUACACAAGGUGUUUUUUCUGUGGCGGUGGACUCCGAAAUUGGGAAGCUGGUGAUGAUCCAUGGGUGGAACAUGCUAGAUGGUUUCCGAAGUGCACCUAUCUACGUCAGAACAAGGGAGAUGCAUUUAUCAAAGCCGUUCAAGAUAAACAUGAGCAAAUGGACAAAAGUGACCAAAUUACGUCGCUACAAACGACAGAAACAACUCAAAACGGUUCCAAUUUACUUUCAUACAGCAAUCCACAACAAAGUAGCAGUCCCAGCUAUCUUGAUACAGCAGCAGCAAGGAGUGUCUUAGAGAUGGGAUACACCCAAGAACAGGUCCUUCGAGUUAUCCAGCAAUUAUUACCGGAUAAACCAGGAGGAACAUUCACAGCUCUUGAUAUCAUGACUGUUUUAUUGGAGAAGGAUGAAAAUCAGACAAAUGGUUCUACCGGAUCAACAUCCGGUAAUUCUACAAAUGCAUCCGGGACAUCUACAAAUACAUCCGGGAUAUCUACAAAUACAUCCGGGACAUCUACAAAUGCAGUGCCAUCCAAUACAAACACACAUGAAAAUGGAGCACACGAACCUCUUGUCAAUAGUUUAAAUGAAUCAAAUCUAGAUGACGCAGAAUUAUUAGUUGAAGAGAACCGACAGCUACGAGAUCAACGCCUAUGUAAGAUUUGUCUAGAAUUAGAGGCCUCCAUAGCUUUUCUCCCCUGUGGACAUCUAGUAUGUUGUUCCGACUGUGCACCAGCCAUGAGGAAGUGUCCAAUAUGUAGAACGUACGUCAAAGGCACUGUAAAGACGUUCCUGAUAUAAACCGGAAGUUGGUUGACUACUGUACAGCCUUUCAACCCUAAUCCCAUGGGUAGGCAUAUUCGAUCACUAUCAGAAAUAGCAAUACAAGAAAAAGUCCGGUCAGGUUUAAGAGAAAAUAAUAAUGUGAUUGUACUACAGAAAAUAGGCCAAAGCAAUAAGGAAUGGAGAAAAAAACACAAGAAAAUAAGGAAUAAUGGAAACUCAAUUUGUAAAAAAUGAGAAAUAAUUGGCAUAAUUUAUAAAGAAUACAGAAAACGGCCUAAAAAUUAAAGAAUAAAGAAUUAAAUUACCCCAAUCAAUACCCAUACAUGUAGAAUCAACGUAGAUCAUGCAAUCAACACGAUCAUUAUAGUUUAGUGAACAAAGAUGCGAAAUUAUAUAUUAAGUUCAUAAGUUAACUAUUGAUAAAUGCCAUUCUGCAGUAUUCAUCGUCAUGAACAUAAAUGCACUAUCUACCACUGUACGUAAAGCAACUAACACUCAACCAAUCAGUAGUGUUUAUAGUAUAGUAUUCUGCUUGUGUUGCUUAAUUAAGAAGUCAUAGUCAUGUAUAUAUUACAUGAUAAGAUAUAGAUAUCAAUGCUGAAACCUGUGUCCAUAGAUUAACCACAGUCAGGUUAAUGUAGACAUGCAAUCAAAUGUUUUGGACGCCAUAAACAUCGAACGAUUGGCACCAUUAAAGACAGUUAAACAAAGAAACAUCAACUGAUGUAAAAGCAUAAUCUCUCUGUUCCUUUUUAUACGAUGAUUAUGUUCUUAAAUGUGAUAUCUUAUUUUUUAUUAAUUGUUAGUAAGAAAUGUUUAGUUGGUGCUAAUUUGAUUCUGCAUACUGUUAUUAUUGUUAAGAUGUUAAUUUAUGUAGUUGUUUUAUCUUUUAGUGAGGGUGAGAACGAUUAAGCUUCUUUUUUUUGGUUUGUUGCUUUAAAUAAAAAAUUACAAUUGCUUCCUCAAUACUGUUGAUGAUGGUUAUCGUUAAAACUGUGAGUUAUUGUUAUCUUUAUCACUGUUGAUGAGUGUAAUCGUCAAUACUGUGAAUUAUUAUUAUCGUGAUCACUAUCACCAAAUGUUAUCGUCAGAACUGUUAAUUAUGGUUAUCAUCAAUACUGUGAAUUAUUGUUAUCGUUAUCACUGUUAAUAAAUGUUAUCAUUAGAACUGUUAAGUAUGGUUAUCAUGAUCACUGUUAAUGAAUGUUAUCGUCAAUAAUGAUCCUUAGUGUUACCGUCAAAACGGUUAGUUAUUGUUAUCGUUAUAAGUGUUAAUUAGUGUUAUUGUCAAUGAUGUUAUUUAUGUUAUCGUCAGUACUGUUAAUUAGUGUUAUCGUAAAAAAUAUUUAAGUCUUAUUAUCGUCAAUAUUGUUAAUAAGUGUCAUCGUCAAUAAUGUUAUUUAUCAUCACAUGUAUCUUCAAUAUUGUUAAUUUUUGUUAUUUUUUAUCUACUGUUGCUUAUUGUUGUCUUCAAUACUACUAGUCAUUUUAAUCGUCAAUAUUGUCAAUGUCUUCAGUACUUUUUGUUACUGGUUGUUUUAGUCAUUUUAUAUAUAGCAUUAUUAUAAAAACAGUUUUAGACAGUUAUGAGAAUACUCAUAUAUGUUCAUAUAUCUUUGAAAAAUAAAAGUUAUUUCAAUAGA